GUGCCGGCCGGAGCGGCUUGGCGAGCGGGAGUGUGGCCGCCGGUGUGAGUGCGCGCUGGCCGCGCGUGCGUCUGUGCGCGCACGCGAGCGUGGCCCGGGGGCCGGGCCGGGCCGAGGCCACGGCAGUCGUCCCCGAGGAGGGGUCCGCGGGGGUCGCUGGCAGGCGCGGGCAGCCCGGAGCCGGGGCAGGUGCCCCUCCGCCAGCACAGCGAGCUGCCUUGCAAACUGUGUCGUUGGGGUUUCCUCUAGCUGUGCUUGGUUUUCAGCGGCAUAUCCAGGAAGAGACAGCCGAGGGCCUGUUUAAAUGUGUCUUAGGGAGCGGAUGAGACGGGUUCAGUGUUACUACGUGCUUUCCAAGCUUUUUAGUUACUGUGUGUGUUUGGGUGUGACCAUUCCAAUUUAAUUAAUAAAGAUACGACUCACUACACAGCAUAAUUUCGAGUAUUUUUCCAGCUGCUAUUUUCCUAGACCCAAGUAAACUUGGAGUCAUUUGUGUGUCUUUUGUCCUGUUUCCGUGACCCACACCACCUCCGUUGCUUAAGAGGGUUGCGGGCUCCCCUGGUCCUCUCUCGGUGUUUUGGGCGACUUUGACACAGGUGCCCGCCCAGGUGAGCCGGCAGGAGAGGCCUCCAUCGGCGUGCUCGUGUGUGUAAAAAGGGGAAGUUAUUUUGAAGUUCUCUCUGAUGAGAUCAAGUGCAUAGUUUUAGAAAUCCACUUCAGACUUUCAUGAGGCCAGGUUGCUAAAGCAAGGGCAUCCUCCUGACUUUUUAUAUUGGAAUACUAGUUUUUCAUGUUUUCUCUAUAUCAUGGUGAUAAAAUUAGGGGACUAGGAAGGAUUUAGUUGGAGUUUUUUAAAAAGUGCUAUGAAUAAGCCAACUUUCAAUUAGGAAUUAAUUUCCAUUACUAAACAGAGUUAUCUUGUGAGAGGAAACAGCUUACAGGCGCUGGACUCCAUACUCUGAGGGUUUCCCGUGGGCUGUCCAUGCAGGGAUGUGUACUUCCUGUAAUCCUUAAACAGAUUAUAUCUGGCUGUCAUAAGUUACAUUUUCUCUGGAAAAGAUCCAGCACACGUUAAGAGAUAUUCUGUGAAUAUUCAAAAGUUUCAAAGGACACAGUCCUUUUAUUGGAAGAAAACUCAGACUUUUAGUCCACUUGACAUGUGAUUACUUGACAGUGCUCCCCUCCCACACACUCACUGUUUGUUCUGGUUAAUUCCUGAAGUCUUUGGAUGUGAAAACUCUGUUCUUUCACGCCACCGCAUCCACAUGAAGAGGUUUGUAAGUAACUCAAGCUGUGCAAAGAAUGUUCCUAACACCUUGGAGAAAGGUUUUAAGUAAAUUAGUAGGAUCGUUGAUUGAAUUCUGUGUCUGUGCAAAGGAGCUGACAGGCAGUAUUUAUUUAGUGAAGGAGACGUGUGUGUUUGUAUUUCAGAUCCCUGUCCGGCGUAGAAUUUGGAGAGUGACCGGAGCUGGGAGACGGAGCUGUUGCAGCACGAAGAGUGGUGAUCAUGGUAAUGCAAAAGGAUCAUUAUGCUAUCAAGAUGACAGCAAUCCUGUUCCUAAGACAAGAAGCAGGUCUCCACUGUGUAAAUUUCUGUCCACACCAUGAAGUAUUUAAUAGCAGAACUCCUGGGAAGCAGUGAUCCACGCCCUAGAUGAUGUGCUCAUGAGUUCCAUAUUCUGCUUUUCAGUAAGAUUUAUGAUUAGCCAUAUUGAUAAACAUCCUGAAAGAUAGAAUUGUUUUGGAAAAACUGAAGAUAAGGUUCAUUUAGGGGCACAAAUGAGCAUUUGGAUCAGUUUCUUACCGACAUAAGAUAUCAAUGUGAUGAAGCAGCUACAAUAGUUAUGGUCAGUCAUGGAGAAUAACCAGGAAGCUUGUCCCAAAGGGGAUGAUGAUUUUGUUUCCGAUAAAAUAAAUUUUAAAAUAGAAGAGGAAGAUGAUGAGCAGAUUCCUGAUCACAGUUUGGAAAGAAUGGACUUUAAAAAUGAGCAAGAGGACAGGAAACAAGCUGACAGUGGUGAUGAACAGGCAGAAAUCAGGGAAACGAGCCAUAGCUGUAAGCCCCCUGGGAAGUACUUCUCAGCUGACAGUGAGGAUGACUAUGGGUCCCUGUUCUCACAGUACAGUAGUACACUGUAUGAUGUUGCAAUGGAGGCUGUGACGCAGAGCCUCCUUUCCAGCCGGAACAUAAGCUCCAGGAAGAAGUCUCCAGCUUGGAAACAUUUUUUUAUCUCUCCUCGGGAUAGCACUAAAGCAAUAUGUAUGUACUGUAUGAAAGAGUUCAGUAGAGGAAAAAAUGAAAAGGACCUGAGCACAAGUUGUCUCAUGAGACACGUGAGGAGAGCACACCCUACUGUGCUCAUUCAAGAAAAUGGAAGUGUGUCAGCCCUGUCCUCAUUCUCUUCCCCUUCACCGCGGCCCCCGCCCCAGCCUGCAGACGUUGGAGACCUGGGCACCGUACUUUCACCCAUCAAACUGGUCCAGAAGAUGGCAUCUAAGAUCCCAUCUGCUGAUCAAGUAACAGAGGAAUCUGUGUCUGUAGUUUCUUCUGAAGAAGUCUCCUCGGACCUGUCCAUCUCUGAGAAGUAUAGCAGGGAAGAAGCCCUGGUGGGGCCACCUCCCCACCUCUCCACUCUCCAUUAUGAGGAAACUGCAGAGAAUGGAGCAGAGAAAAGCCUCCCGCUUCCAAAGGGUGCGUCUGGGUCCAGAAGAAGGUCUGCUGUCUGGAAGCACUUCUACCUUUCGCCCCUGGACAACUCCAAAGCUGUCUGCAUUCACUGCAUGAACGAGUUCAGCCGAGGGAAGAACGGGAAGGAUCUGGGCACCAGCUGCCUGAUCAGGCACAUGUGGAGGGCACACCGCUCCAUUGUGCUGCAGGAGAACGGCGGGGGCACAGGCAUACCACCCCUGUACUCCGCUCCCCCUACCCUGCUGCCUGCCCUCCCUCCUCCUGAGGGAGACCCAAACUCCGUGUCAUCGUCUCCAGGGAAGCUGGUCCAAGAGUCCCCUUCAGCAUCCUCCUCCCCUGAUCGGCUGACCGAGGACCUGCAAUCGCACUUGAAUCCCAGAGAUACGCUUAUGGAAGAUGCAUCCGUGUUGUCGUCCUCUGAUGACGUCGGUGAGGCCUCGUUGGUGUCCUCUCCUGAGAAGCAGCAGAGGGAGGGGUUGAGCCCCAGCAUAUUUGAAUCUGGUGCUGUAUUCCAGCAGAACAAAAAGGUCAUGAAGAGACUGAAGUCAGAAGUUUGGCAUCACUUUUCAUUAGCCCCCAUGGAUAGUCUCAAGGCAGUGUGCAGACACUGCAGUUGUGUCAUCAGUAGGGGGAAGCAGGGGGACGUGGGCACCAGCUGUUUGAUGAGACAUCUCUACAGACGCCACCCGGAAGUUGUUGGGAACCAGAAGGGCUUUCUGGGGACCAGUUUGGCAAAUUCUCCCUAUGCCACUUUGGCUUCUGCAGAAAGUUCCUCCUCCAAAUUAACUGACUUGCCAACAAUGGUUACAAAAAACAAUCAAGUUAUAUUUCCUGUUAAUAGCAAAAAGACCUCAAAGUUGUGGAAUCACUUUUCUAUCUGCUCCGCAGACCCCACUAAAGUCGUGUGCCUGCACUGUGGCCGGACAAUAAGCAGGGGCAAGAAGCCGAGUAACCUGGGCACCAGUUGUCUCCUAAGGCAUUUACAGAGGUUCCACAGCGGCGUGCUCAAGACUGAUGUCCCCCAGACGGCGCUGCCCGCCUCUCCAGGCAUCCGCGUGCCCCUGAGCACAGAAUUAUCAGGAGCUUCCUCCUUUGAUGACACCAGUGAGAAGUUUUAUGAUUCUCAUCCAGUUGCCAAAAAAAUAACAAGUCUCAUAGCCGAAAUGAUUGCACUUGACCUUCAGCCAUAUUCUUUUGUAGACAAUGUUGGCUUUAACAGGCUGCUCGAAUACUUGAAACCUCAGUACUCUUUACCCUCACCUUCUUACUUCUCUAGGACAGCUAUCCCAGGUAUGUAUGAUAAUGUGAAACAGAUAAUUCUGUCACAUCUUAAGGAAGCUGAGAGUGGCGUGAUCCACUUCACAUCUGGCAUAUGGAUGAGUAACCAGACCCGUGAGUACCUGACACUCACUGCUCACUGGGUCACCUUUGAGUCGUCGGUCCGGCCGCACUGUGAGGACCACCACUGCUCAGCACUUUUAGAUGUGUCACAGAUUGACUGCGACUACAGCGGCAACAGCAUUCAGAAGCAGCUGGAAUGUUGGUGGGAGGCCUGGGUGACAUCCACUGGCCUUCAGAUUGGCAUCACGGUCACCGACAAUGCAAGCAUAGGAAAGACACUGAAUGAAGGGGAGCACUCGAGCGUGCAGUGCUUCAGUCACACAGUUAAUCUCAUUGUCAGUGAGGCCAUUAAAAGCCAGAGAAUGGUCCAGAAUUUACUUAGCAUCGCACGGAAAAUAUGUGAGCGGGUGCAUCGGUCACCCAAAGCAAAAGAGAAACUAGCAGAGCUGCAGAAGGAGUACGAGCUGCCACCACACCAUCUUAUCCAAGAUGUCCCAUCCAAAUGGAACACAUCGUUUCAUAUGCUUGAACGACUCAUUGAACAGAAAAGGGCAGUUAAUGAGAUGUCAAUCGAGUGUAACUUCAGAGAACUGAUUAGUUGUGACCAGUGGGAAGUCAUGCAGUCUGUGUGUCAUGCGCUGAAACCCUUUGAUGCUGCGAGUCGGGAGAUGAGCACCCACAUGUCCACACUCAGCCAGGUCAUCCCCAUGAUCCACAUCCUCAACAGGAAGAUCGAGAUGCUGUUUGAGGAAACGAUGGGCAUCGACACCAUGCUGAAGUCUUUGAAGGAAGCCAUGGUGAGCCGACUGUCCUCCACGCUCCAUGACCCCAGGUACAUCUUUGCUACACUGUUGGACCCUCGUUACAAAGCCUCCCUGUUCUCCGAGGAGGAGGCGGAGCAGUACAAGCAAGAUUUAAUCAGGGAACUAGAAAUGUUGACUUCUACCUCAGAGGACACGCCUGUCUCUAAUGGGUGUGAUCCAGGCUCCCCGUCAAAAGACUCCAUUGAGGAGAACCUGUGGUCACUCAUGGCCAAGAUGAAAAGGAAAGCCCCAAGAGAAAAGACGAAGGUACCCGAGGACAUGGUGCUUGCGUAUCUGGAGGAGGAGGUGCUUGAACACAGCUGUGACCCACUCACCUACUGGAACCUAAAGAAGUCGUCCUGGCCGGCCCUCUCAACUCUAGCUGUCAGGUUUUUGGGCUGUCCCCCAAGUAUUGUCCCUUCAGAAAAGCUGUUCAACACACCCACCGAGAAUGGUAGCUUUGGCCAGUCCAGGCUCAUGAUGGAACAUUUUGAAAAACUUAUCUUUUUGAAAGUGAAUCUUCCCUUAAUAUACUUUCAGUAUUGAAACUCACAGUGGAGCCACGAGACUAAAGAUAUUGUUGCUUAUCAGGCACCAGCUCUUUGUCCCGGGGCUGGUGGCUUGCUCCGGUCGGGGCCCUGUAGGACAGCAGACCAGGCACUCUCAGGUCCACGUUGAGUUUCAUUUCCAGCUCUCGCCGUAGUGUCUCCAUGUGCCUUACUCCUAGUCCUUCAGGCCAGGUAUCACGGUGUGUUUUUUAAGAAGUCCACUAGAAAUAGCCUGUCUCGUCAAUUAUGAAUACGAUGAUUAGGUUUUAAUUCAUAAUUGUAAAGUUUUUUUAAAAGUUAGGCGUUAGUAAUUUGUUUUGCUAGAAUGGCAGAGAAGAUGUAAACAGUUUUAUUCAGUAGGCUUUUUAUUCAAUUAUGUAAAAACCACAAAUCAGGUACUGUAUUUUAAAAAUUGCUUUACUUGCAACAAAACAGCUUUUGUGGCUGUCAAAUAAAAUCUGUAAAUAGGAGGUGGAGCUCAAGCCAUCCUGACUGAGCAGUUUUUAACUGCAGGCUCUAAAGUAUGUCAAGGAGUACAGAGAAUAUUCUGGAAGAUAACUGUUUACUGCGACAGAGACGUGGCAUUUGAAGACAAAACUACACUUAGCUGUAUCAUGUAUGUCAGUUAUAUAGUGAUUUUGUAAAGAGAACUUUUCCAUUUCAUGUUUUGCAUUCAGGUUUUACAUGGGGGCCCCCAGGUGUUUAUGAUGAGCUCGUUGCCUAUUGUCGGGCCGGUGCACAACAUGACACGUUUACAGCCCUCCUGUCGAUUAGAUCUCCAAGUCCCUGACUUAGUGUGUCUACACUAUGAAGUUUCUUUUGAAAUUUGUGCACUGACCCCCAAUUUGAUCAAAUUAUGUACAAAAUUCUUUUUGGAAGAGAUGGCUCAUUAACAGGGAAGAAGAUUGUUAUAUUACAGCUAUAAGAAUAGCCUUAGGUGUUUAGAUUUUUUUUUUAUAAUAGGGAAGAUUCAGCCAUCACUGGGGUAUUUUAGACUCCCAAGGACAUCAGAAUGAAGUAUCAGUUGUCAGAUUUUUUAACAAUAAUAUGUCUUCAAAGUUUUUGCUUCAGUGUCUAGGAAAGGAUUUGUUUUCUUAUUUCAAACCAAUGAAAUAUUCUGGGUGAAACAAGUCACUCAUUUGCCUAUGACCUUUUAGAAAAGUUGUCGUUUUGUUAAAAUACUGUACCUAUUAUUAACCUGAAUUUGCAUUGACUAUGUUUUAGUGUAUUUAUAAAUGGUGAACUCAGUUUCUGAAAUUAAACUUUUUAUUUGUAAUUUUCUA